UACCAAGCGAACAUAGAUAUGAAUCGAUGUAAAUAUUACGAGUUUUAAUAAGCUUUAUAUAGAUGAAAUUUGCAUGUCAACCUCGACAAAAGAUGAAGGCAGGAUAUUGACAAUGUUAAAAUAUAGAUAAUAAAAGUUGUUUAAAUCACAUUUCGCUAUUUUUGCGAAAUUGUGAAAUUAUGAAUGUGUCUCGUAUAUAAAUAUGUAAUCUGCGGAAGCGCAAAAUAUUAUAUAUUCUAAAUGUCUCGUGACUUUAUAAAAAACCGAUGUCCCGUAACUUGUCCCAAAGUCAGGGAACAACUCCGUAUCGCAAUCAAGGAAUUGCCUAAUGUAACGGAUGGGAUUUUUCCACGGAAGAAGAACGAUGUGGAACUGCGACUUCCGUCGGAUAUUAUUUCGAGAGAUAUACGAGACGAACCGAAACGUGUAAUCGAGACAGCAUAUGUACCCGUCAAUGACGUACGAACUGAAGAGUUAAAGGACAUCGAAACAAAACCAGUAGUUUUUCCGAAGCUUCCAAUCAUUAAGGAACCAACUGUCAUUCCAACAGAAAAGAUAGUUAAUGAUAUUGAAGAAAAAAUUGAUUUAGAAAAAGAGAAAUUAAUCGAAGAAUCUACAAUCAUACCGAAAGUACCUAUCACUCCAAUAAAAAAAGUAAAUGAUCGCGAUGAAGAGAGAAUUGAUUUUAUUGAAGAAGAAAUAGUUAAGAAACCCACAAUCAUCCCGGAAGAACUUGUCACUCCAUUAAAAACAGCAAUAGAUCGCGAUGAAGAGAAAAUUGAUCUUAUUGAAGAAGAAAAACUAAUCGAAGAACCCACAGUUGUCCAAAAAGAAAUUGUUAUUCCAACAGAAGAAAUAGUAGAUCGCGAUGAAAAAAAAAUCGAUUUGAUUACAGAAGAAAAAUUAGACCAAGAACCUGUGAUCGUCCAGAAGGAAACUGUCAGUCCGAUAGAAAGGAUAACAGAUCGCAAUGAUGAAAAAAUUGAUUUUAUCGAAGAGAAAGAUCUGAUUGAGGAAAGAAUCGCAGAAGAAUCUAUAAAGAAAGUUUCGGUUGAGGAACCUGAGAUUAUCGAAAACGAAAUUGAACGGGCGCCAGCACCAAAAAUUGAAUUGGAACCGUCGCGAGAAUUAGAAGACCAUUUCGAGCCAGAGGAAGCCAUAGAAUAUGACGAAGAGGAAGAAGGCAAGACUGACUAUGAGCAAUAUAUUGACGAGGAAUUGCAGGAGUUUCUACCCGCUGUAAUAGCGAGGGAAAUUCCGGAGGAGCCGAGGGCGGUGCGUACUGAAAUUUCCAGGAAUGCGGCCACCUUGUACGAGAAAAUCGAUCGCGAAAGACCUGUUAGACCACCGAGGGAGCGAGAAGCAGUGACCGCAAUGCCUGAAGAACGACCGGUCAGAGAAGAAGUAUCUGUGAAACGAGCUCGCGAGAACUCGACGAUAGCAGAGCAGAUCGUUUCACGUAAACCUGUAGUCGUAGAAGAUGCUUGCGAGGAGGAGACAUGUCCUUUAAUAAAACAGCAGAAAGAACGCAUUAUGCGCAAAUUGGAGAUACGGCAGCGACUCGUAGAUCAUUAUUAUCUGACGAAAGGUUUCAGCUACUUCGAGGACGUGUGCACGUGCUCUCUGGCUUGUAUGGUGUAUAGUUUGAGCAGGGAUCCGUUCGUAAAGAGUAUAUUCGCGUCUCUCGCAUUAUUUGCAAUCGGAUUGAAGCUGUGCUCCGAACUAGAUGCGUGGGAGAUGCCAAAUCGCGUUUCAUAAGACCAAAAUAUCGAUAAUGGCCAACACGUAAUCUUCACUUAAGCCUCUUAUAGAACCACGACGAUUUGCAUUUAGAUUAACGAGACACCAUUAACGCAUGAUGUGUAAUAACUCGUUUAUUCAAUAUACAGCUAU